CAUGGUCAGCCACCAGCAGCAGCCAUCGGAGGCAGUUUCCCGGUUGCUGCCAAGACAGGCAAGUGCCGCCGCCCGACAUUCCCCACGGGGCAACUCCGCGCGGAGUAACAGUGGGCCUAUCGCCCGCCCCGGUUUUCCUCUUUGGGCCGCACGGCGAUUGAGCUUCGAAUUUCCUUUUCCGAAUGUCAACAAAUCGGGCCAUUUGGUGUAGCACGAGAGAUGGACGAGGUACGCGGAGAUUGUAGGGGACGCUAUAUCUAGGUAAUGGUCUCGCUGGUCUGAAAAGGGCUGGAUUGUCAUCGAAGUGCAUUGUUGGCGGAUCUCUCCCAAGUAAACGGUUCUUUGAAGACGUCGUUGCUGCUUGAAAAUCUCAGGGAAUUCCCACACUAACCACCACGUCGCCAUGUCUACCAAGCUCAAAGUCGCUAUCGCUGGUUUGGGCCGCAUGGGCUCCCGCCACGCGAACCACUUCUACUCCUACACUCCCCGCGCGGAAGUGGUAGCGGUCACGUCGCCCGUGCAGAAUGAAUUGGACUGGGCGAAGACCAAUCUCGGAAAUCCCCGAACAUACCUCGACUUCGAUGAGCUGCUGGAGAAGGAGAAGGAUCUGCAGGCGAUUGUCAUCGCGUCGGCCACUUCCGUGCACGCAGAGCAGGCCAUCAAGGCGAUCAACAAGGGACUCCAUGUUCUGUGCGAGAAGCCCCUGAGUACGAACAUUGAAGAGUCCCAGAAAGUGGUCGACGCCUACCACGAAUCGCUCAAGACUCGUCCCAACCAGAAGGUCAUCUGCGGUUUCUCCCGUCGCUUCGACGCCUCCUACCGCGAUGCCUUUGAGAAGCUCCAGUCCGGGCUGAUCGGCCGUCCCAGCGUCUUCCGCUCCCAGACCUGCGACAAGCUGGACCCGUCCGGAUUCUUUGUCGAAUACGCCCAGUUCUCUGGUGGUAUCUUCGUCGACUGCUCCAUUCACGAUAUCGAUCUGGCGCUCUGGUUCUUCGGUGAGGACUCAGUCGUCAAGUCUGUUACUGCCGUUGGUAUCACUGCCGUGUCUCCUGAACUGAGGAAGUACAAUGAUCGCGACAAUGCUCUUGGGAUCGUGGAGUUUCACGAUGGAAAGAUUGCCCAGCUUUUCUGCAGCCGCAUGAUGGCUGCUGGCCAGGAGGACUCCACCGAAAUCACCGGCACGGCUGGCAAACUCGCCGUCAACACUCAACCGGCGGCCAACCUGGUCAAUAUCUACGAACCCACCGGUAUCCGUCGUGAGAUCCCACCCCAUUACUACGGCCGCUUCCGCGACGCUUUCAUCACCGAAGCCAACGAAUUCACCGCCUCCUGCCUGGACAACACCCCGCCUCCCAUGAAGCUCGAAGGCGCAGUGGCUGCCGUUCGAAUUGGAUGCGCUCUGCAGGAAUCCCUGAUUACUGGAAAGAAGAUCGACUUUGAUGAGAAAGGAAACCGGAUCACUCUGGCGAAUCUGUGAUCCCCCGUCCCCUGCCCUAACGGAUUAUUUUAUUUUCUUUCUCCACAUCAUAAGGCGUAAUAAUGGCGAUGAUGAUGAUGAUGAUGUCUGCUCUUCUCUUGGUUUUCAUGACUACUUCCUUUGAUUAUUGGGCAUCAUGAUAGAGACUAAAAAUAAAGUAGUAAAUUCGUUGUCUCUGCUUGAUACUGCGGAAUAUAAAUCGAAAUCGUCAGCGUUGUCUUAACCCUUAUCCAAAAAAAAUAAAAUAAAAUAAAAUAAAAAGAAAAAGCAAUAAGCAAGACUUCUAAAGACUUCAAAUGAACACAGUACUGUGCAAUAUCCAAUAAUAACAAGUUAUGCGAUACUUUCGAGGAACGCAAGACUCCAAAUAACAAAGAGUAUUGUAAUAAUCACCUAACACCAAUUCAAUUGGUCCU